UUGAAGUUUACUACUAGUAAACUAGGGAUUAAUAUAGAAAUCCUAAUUUAAUUAAAAAGCGAUGAGAAGGGAAUUUAUAUUAGUGUUGCUAGGUAUUAUCAGUAUUUCUACGUUAUCAUCACUUUUGUCGGGAUAUGUGCAAAUUGAACCAGAUAAAAUUCUACUAGACACUGUGGUUGGUAUCGUUGGUGCUGGAAAUUUUUCUUAUUGGCAGCUGGGUCACACAGGGCCUUUAUUAAUAGAAUUAACGUCUCUCACUGGUGACGCAGACCUUUACGUAUCGGAUACCGUCAGGCCGAGUUAUGAAGUGGAUAAGAAUAAUUUCAGCUCAGCGACAUGUGGACCUGAAUUGGUUAAUAUACCAUUUGAAUUUCCACGGCCCAUUGGAAUAGGAGUAUUCGGUGCCUGGUCACAUACAAUAUCGGAGUACAGUAUCCAUGUGUUUCUUGACACAUCUGCUGUGCUCAGCGAAGAGCAGCUGCUGGCCAUAGAGCGCUUCCACAUCAACCCUGAAAGAACUGAUAAUACCAACCAGAGGAACAAAGAUAAAAUAGUUACCAAGAAGACGGACGAUGAGAAACCAAGAUUUUUAAAACUAUUAAACAUUCUAGAUAUGGUGUUCGAAAUGUUUGUUUUAUAAAUCGUAUGGCAAUUCAAAUCAAAUAUUCACAACUUGCUUUACUACGUUGCGUGUAAUAUUCGCACGGUCACUAUAUAUACCGAUUCUUUAUGUGGGGUUAUGAGCAGGGGAUUUCCCUAUAGGCCUAGAAUGCCCGGCAUAAUUUGUGGGGGCGGUGCAAAACUUGAUAGUUAAGCGAAUCGCGCAUUUCUUGAAUUACAUUAACGUUUUAAUACUUAUUUUAAGCCGAGAUGGCCCAGUGGUAAGAACAUGUGAAUCUUAACCGAUGAUCGUGGGUUCAAACCCGGGCAAGCACCACUGAAUUUUCAUGUGCUUAAUUUGUGAUUAUAAUUCAUCUCGUGCUUUACGGUGAAGGAAAACAUCGUGAGGAAACCUGCAUGUGUCUAAUUUCACUGAAAUUCUGCCACAUGUGUAUUCCACCAACCCGCAUUGGAGCAGCGUGGUGGAAUAAGCUCCAAACCUUCUCCUCAAAAAGAGGAGAGGAGGCCUUUAGCCCAGCAGUGGGACAUUCACAGGCUGUUACGGUUACGGUUUAAUACUUAGAAAUGUGUCCAUGACUAGUUAAUCGUCCCGGCUUCGGGUAGAUAAGAAGAAAAAUGUAUUUUAUAUAGGGUAUGCGUAACAUCCGUUCUUAGAGAGCGUUUACGUCGGGGAAGGAGUAACUGUGACAAAUUUUAAGUCAAUCGUGCGGACAGUUUAGGAGAUCUCGUGAUGAGUGGUGUUUCGCAUAUAUAGAUUUAAAUUUUGUUGUGUGGGCGUGUGGUAGUAACCUUCUAUAAAGCUUGGGCAGCCCAGGUAUUGAAUCUAAUACCUGGUCAUCUGAUACGAAACUCAUGAAUAUUUUUGUAUUUAACUGCUUUUACAUUGCUCGUACAAUUACUACCAUCGGUAAAAAGUAGUAGUAAAAUCAUGCUACCCCCCAUUUUAAAAUAGUUGAAAUAACUCCCAAUAAAUAUUAUACGUACUUCCAAUCAUUUAAAUGAACAAUUUUAUUACAUAGAAUAAAUAACAAGAUGUAUAAAAUAUUACCUUUUAAAGUAUUUAAAAAAGACUCCGCGAAUCACGACUUUCGACGCUUCUUCCCCAGGAAAAAAUCAAAAUUAAAUAACCGAUAGAAUAGCGUGAUAUAGACGCUGAGCGCUUUGUGAAACAAGUUCUAUUCCUUCAAUCAUGAAUUUGGUGUUCCAUGCUCCCGUUGUGUAACCACGUUUGGCGCUGCGCAGUUCUUAUUUGGUUACUCGAAAAUCGAUGCUGGUUUUGAGCUCCCUAGAAGCCAAAAUUCAGAGGAUCCUGCAGACAUUGAUGGCAUCUGCUACACGACUAUGUAGUCAUAAUAAUAAUAAUAAUAAUAUCCUGGGACAUUAUUCACACACGGCCAUCUGAUCCCAAACUAACCAGAGCUUGAACUAUGGAAACCAGACAACUGAUAUACUACAUAUUCUACUUUUCUUUUGUAAAUAUAUAUAUAUAUAUAUAUAUCUAUAUAUAUA